UUCACGUCUCCUGCUUCAAAAUAACCUAGUGAGUCUAUACAAUUAUUUAAAUGUUAAAAGAAAUAGCGAUAUAUUGCAGUAAGAUACAAUUUCACUUUCGAAUAGAUCAAAUAAAAAUAAUUUAGUGCUCAUAAUGAAUGAAAUAUCAUAAUCGACGUUGCAAAUCCCUUUGAAAAGUAUUUGGAACUGACUUAUACAAGUAUACAUAUAUCGGAGAAUUUUACCUCUGUUACAACUAAUGUGGAGGAGUCUGACCAAUAGCUAUUUUUAUGUAAAAAGAAAUACUUCAAUCUCACAAAAUUUGAACCAGCAAGCUGCUAAUCUGUAAAUAAUUUUUUGUACACGCUGAAAAUAAACGUGACUAAGCGUAGCUAUAUUAAAACACUCUUAAAAUAUGUAUACUAAGCAUUGACAUUUUUAUAUGUAAUAUUCAAACUGCUUACAUUAACUAUAAUCGCAAUAAAUGAAUUUUCCGUUUUAGGUAUAAAGAAAUGUUGAUUGAGAAAAUAGUUUCUUCAUUAUACAUAUUUUAUUUAUUUAAUACCAGUUUCACACAUGCAGACUCUAUGCAGAGAAAAGAAAAAGAGAUUUUUUCGCGCCGUAGUCCAUUGGCACUGCAAGGAAAACAAUCUUUUUUAAAAUCUGAAAUCUGGAGACGCUUAUUAAAUAAUCCAGAUUCUGCAAAUAUAUCUAGACGAGAUUCACAUUAUUCAGAGAGAUUUGAUUCCUUCAACAAAAAAGUAUACAAGCGUUCCAAGAAAAAGAAUAAAACACUUUUGAAAGUGCAGACAAAAAUUCGCAAACGACCUUUCAUCGCUCACAGAAAUGCUUCGAAGAUUUUAAAAGCAGCGGCCAACAAAAAAAAGCACAUUGUAGGUAGAGAAAAGAAAAUAAGCACCUCAACCAUGACUCAAGAUGGUGAAGAAACUACAUCUAUGAUUACAGAAGAAAUAUUCAGCUCCACAGUUCAUGGUGAAAUAACGUCGGAAACUACUCAGCAAAAUCAAGAUGAUGCUGACAUUUCAGACAGCAAAUCUGACAAAGAGAGUAUGUUUUUAGAGGACAGAUCAUUCGAGGAUGGAGACGAAAAAGAUGAUAUUUUCAUAGAAUCUGGAUCUUCUUGCGAUCGCGAGAACCAACAGACGUGCUGGUUUGAAAGACAAGUUGGUGACAUACUUACAUUGGAAACAAACAUCAUAGGAUCCAACGGUCCUAACUCAUCUUUUAUCAUCCGUUGGUCGAAGCUGUACCACAAGAGGAACAGAAAGAGACCACUUUCCAUAGAAAUAACUCAUGAUUUCGUCGGCGAUGGUUUUGUUUGUAGUAAGGCUUCAGGAAGCAACCACUACAGGCACAAAAGAAUACGACGUGAUUCUGGAGGGAUAAGCAAUGACUUCGGAAUACAGUCAGGAUUGUUUUACGCCAGUGCUGCUCCAAUCAGUGCAGUUUACCAUUCGAGAGGAAGAAACGAAUACGUGAGCGCCUUCCCUGGAAUAUGGUAUUAGGAAGUGGAGGUCGAGAGCUCCGCUUGAAUCCUGUCACGAACACCGAUCUCGACCCCAACGCUCUCAUGGCUACAGUAUACCGCGUCACAAAGAAGAACAGUCAGAAACUGUACCAGCAGGGUAAGGAUUUCACCUUCCGAAUCGACGUACCGGCAAUAGG